AUGCCGCCGGAGGGAAGAAGACGCCGCCGCCCGAGGGAAGAAGACGCCGCCGCCCGAGGGAAGAAGACGCCGCCGCCCGGAGGGAAGAAGACGCCGCCGCCGCUGCCGGAGGGAAGAAGACGCCGCCGCCGCCGCCGGAGAGAAGAAGACGCCGCCGCCCGGAGGGAAGAAGAUGCCGCUGCCGGAGGGAAGAAGACGCCGCCGCCCGGAGGGAAGAAGACGCCGCCGCCCGGAGGGAAGAAGACGCCGCCGCCCGGAGGGAAGAAGACGCCGCCGCCCGGAGGGAAGAAGACGCCGCCGCUGCCGGAGAGAAGAAGACGCCGCCGCCGGAGGGAAGAAGACGCUGCCGGAGAGAAGAAGAUGCCGCCGCCGCUGGAGAGAAGAAGACUCCGCCGCCGGAGGGAAGAAGACGCUGCCGGAGGGAAGAAGACGCCGCCGCCGCCGCCGGAGGGAAGAAGACGCCGCCGCCGCCGGAGGAAGAAGACGCCGCCCCCGGAGGGAAGAAGACGCCGCCGCCGCCGGAGAGAAGAAGACGCCGCCGCCGCCGGAGGGAAGAAGACGCUGCCGCCGCCGCCGGAGGGAAGAAGACGCCGCCACCUGAGGGAAGAAGAUGCCGCCGCCGGAGGGAAGAAGACGCCGCCGCCGCCGGAGAGAAGAAGACGCCGCCGCCGCCGGAGGGAAGAAGACGCUGCCGCCGCCGCCGGAGGGAAGAAGACGCCGCUGCCCGGAGGGAAGAAGACGCCGCCGCCGGAGAGAAGAAGACGCCGCCGCCGGAGGGAAGAAGACGCCACCGCCCGGAGGGAAGAAGACACCGCAGCCGCCGGAGGGAAGAAGACGCCGCCGCCUGAGGGAAGAAGACGCCACCGCCCGGAGGGAAGAAGACACCGCCGCCGGAGGGAAGAAGACGCCGCCGCCUGA